GUGUUGAUUGAUGGUCGUGAUAGUUCAAUUAAGAUGGAUGUUCAAGAUGUCGCAAUAGAUCUUCAUACAAGAAGUGGCAAUGUAGACGAGCUUUGUGAGGCAAGUACGAGUGGCCACAAUGCUAAUAACAGCUUAGAGCAGUUUGCAACAGUUGGUGAGCUCAGAAACGGGAUGGAGUUCGAAUCAAAGGAGGCUGCGUACUAUUUCUACAGAGAAUAUGCUCGAGCAGUGGGAUUUGGCAUCACAAUAAAAGCUAGCCGUCGUUCAAAGAGAUCGGGAAAGUUCAUCGACGUCAAAAUAGCAUGUUCGAGAUUCGGAACCAAGCGAGAGGCAAGCGCUUCUGUAAACCCGCGGUCGUGUCCUAAAACGGGUUGCAAAGCUGGUCUGCAUAUGAAGAGGAAAGAAGACGAGAAAUGGGUUAUAUAUAGUUUCGUGAAAGAACAUAACCACGAGAUCUGCGCAGAUGAUUUUUACGUUAGCUUCGAGAGGAUGUGGUCAGAGAUGGUUGGUAAAUUCGAGCUAAGCGAGAAUGAGUGGGUUCACUCGUUGUUUAGAGAUCGGAAAAAGUGGGUGCCAUGUUAUUUUCACGGAGUUUGUUUAGCUGGAAUGUCUGGACCUGAAAGAUCUGGAAGUAUCGCCUCUCAUUUCGACAAGUAUAUGAACUCAGAGGCGACGUUCAAGGACUUCUUUGAAUUCUACACGAAGUUUCUGCAAUAUCGAUGUGAUGAAGAAGCAAAGGAUGAUCUUGAAUCUCAGAGCAAACAGCCUACACUAAGGUCUUCUUUGGCUUUCGAGAAACAACUUUCCUUGAUCUACACAGACGCUGCUUUUAAGAAGUUCCAAGCUGAGGUACUGGGAGUUGUUUCUUGUCAACUUCAGAAAGAAAGAGAAGAUGGGACAACAGCAAUAUUCUGCGUUGAAGAUUUCGAGAAACGCCAAAACUUUUUCGUUGCUUUGAACAGAGAGCUGUUGGAUGUGUGUUGCUCUUGUCACUUAUUCGAGUACCAAGGAUUCCUCUGCAAACAUGCGAUACUCGUACUUCAAAACUCUGAUGUUUCCUGCAUUCCGACUCAGUAUAUAUUGAAUCGCUGGUCAAAGAACGGUAACAACAGAGAAGAAAAACACCACGAAAAAUGUGUCGCAAUACAUAACCGAACGGCACGUUUUGAUGAUCUCUGUAGGCGCUUUGUCAAGCUUGGAGGAGUUGCAUCUUCAUCAGAUGAAGCCUACAAGACUGCUUUGAAGUUGUUGGAGGUAACAUUGAAGAACUGUGCUAGUGUGAACAAUUCUCCCAAGUUUUCUUCAGAGCCAGUCAAGUUAAUGACAAGUGGAUCUAUUGGCUUAGAAAAUGAAAGUAUGUUGGACUGUGCAUCAAAAUUGUCCAGGAAAAAGAAAAUUCAGAAGAAAAGACAGGUAUAUUAUGGGCCAGAGGAUGCAACAAACAAGUCUGAAGAACUCCGUCAAGAAACCGAACAAGUUAGCUCUAGAGCUCCUACCUUUGAGAACUGUUACAUUCCUCAAGCAGAUAUGGAAGCAACCGAAAUAGGCUCCCCUGCAGCACCUCUUGGGAUCUAUUAUUCAACUCAACAGACUAUUCAAGGAGUGGUUCUCAUCGGUUUCUUCCUAUCAAGAUGGUUACUAUGGACAUCCGCAAACAAUACAAGCCAUGGGAAACAUACAUUCACUUCAUGGACGGAUGAAUCAAUACGAGACACAACUAAGCAUCCAAGGAGCUGUGAGUUGAUGUUUUAUGCGACUUUAUUUCAGGGACAGACAGGUUUCAGGGGAAGCACUAUCCGUGGCUGCUAUGACAUGGAAGAAACUCUGCACGACAUGACAAUGGAGUCGUCACAAUAUCAGGGCUCUGGUCGUACAAACCAUCCGAGUGAUCACCGUUCGUCCCACUAA